AUGAGCGAAGAAAUAGAGAGCCACAUCCUAAGAAAAUACGAAAUUCUUCAAAAGCUUGGCAAGGGUGCUUAUGGGAUCGUAUGGAAAGCUAUAGACAAGAAGACCCGUGAAGUUGUCGCCCUAAAAAAGGUUUUCGAUGCUUUUCAAAAUGCAACUGAUGCCCAAAGGACAUUCAGAGAAAUAAUGUUCUUACAAGAACUCAAUGGGCACGAAAAUAUUGUAAGACUACUCAAUGUCAUUAGAGCUGAAAAUGACCGCGACAUAUACUUGGUCUUUGAUUUCAUGGAAACUGACUUGCAUGCAGUAAUUAGGGCAAAUAUUUUGGAAGAAAUUCAUAAGCAGUAUAUUUGUUACCAAAUUUUAAAGGCUCUGAAGUAUAUGCACUCAGGACAGCUUCUACACCGUGAUUUGAAGCCAUCAAAUAUAUACAUUUUAUUAUAGAUCUUAUUGGAUUUGGCAAUUUUUUAAAUAAAAUAAUUUCUAAUUUUAUUGAAAAAGAGAUUUUGCCUUCAGAAAGAAAUUGGAAUGCAAUUAAAAGAAGAAUACAGUAAAAAGUAGAAAAAUUUAUAUUAGAAACAAGAGAAUUGCAUAUAAUGGAAAUGGGCUACUUUUGAAUUCUGAAUGCUUGGUGAAAGUCGCGGAUUUUGGCUUAGCAAGAUCAGUUGCAGCUCAAGAAGAAGGGUCAAAUCCGGUUCUUACUGAUUAUGUUGCGACAAGAUGGUAUAGAGCUCCAGAAAUUCUUUUAGGGUCCACAAAAUACUCAAAAGCAGUAGAUAUGUGGAGUUUUGGCUGCAUCGUUGGCGAAAUGCUUGCAGGAAAGCCUAUCUUCCCUGGCACAUCAACACUUAACCAGCUUGAUAGAAUUCUUGAGCUUACAGGAAGACCUUCUCAAGAAGAUAUAGACUCAAUCCAAAGCAAUUUAGCAGCUACUAUGCUUGAAUCGCUUCCGCCAACCCGAGCAAGGUCUUACCAUGAUUUCUUUCCUUCUGCUUCUGAUGAUGCUUUAGACCUUAUCAGGCGCACUUUACAGUUUAACCCUCAAAAAAGGCUGACAGUUGAGCAAGCGCUAACUCCCCCCCCCCCCCCCUCCGUGAGCGAACAAAAAAAUUUUGUUCACUCACGGAGGGGGGUUAAUUUAUUUUUUUAAAAACAAUUUAUAUAUAAAUUUUAUAAAAAAUAUUUUUUUCGAAAUUUAAAAAAAUCCUAAUUUGCAAAAAUUGGGAAGCAAAUAUUAAUUUAAUUUGCAAAAUUUAUGUUUUAAAAACGCAAUUUGUUUAAAAUUAAACAGAAUUAGCUCUAGAUUUCAUUAUACUAAUUAUCACUUAUAUAUCAAAAUUUUUUUCCAUUAAAAUUUUUUCUAUUAAAAAAAUUUUUGUUCGCUCACGGAGGGUGGGUUUUUGGUCAAAAAAUGGUGAUUUUUCUAAUGUUUUUGUUCGCUCACGGAGGGGGGGGGGGGGAGUAAGACAAUUUUUUUUUACAUAUUAAUUUUUACUAUUUUUUUAAAAAAAAUAUUUAUACCCUAUGCUAAGACAUCCUUAUGUGGCGCAGUUUCAUAACUCUGAUGAUGAGCCUAGCUGUCCAAACACUAUUCGAAUUUCAAUUGAUGAUAAUAGAAAGCUGACUAUAAGAGAGUAUAGAGAUAGAAUUUAUGCUGAUAUUUCAAGAAAGAAAAAAGAAAUAAGAAGAAGACAUUUGAUGGCAAGAGGGUAUUAUCAUUAA